UUGUGUUUUGACGAUGAUGUAAAGAGCUCCUCGGACCAGCACACGAGUCCACGGCUAAGGACAUAUUUAACGUUCUGCUCCUCGGAUAAGAAAAAAAGACAAAAUGGCGUCGGACUCUCCACGCAGACCUAGUCGGUGUGCUGGAGGGGUUUUGGUGCGAGCACAAGCUGCUACGGAGCAGUCAUACAUGGAAAGCGUGGUGACCUUCCUGCAGGAUGUGGUCCCCCAGGCGUAUACCGGUGCUCCGCCCACUGAUGAGAAAGAGAAGAUCAUAUGGGUUCGAUUUGAGAGAGCUGACGUUAACGACACUUCCCGCAACCCGGAGUUCAUGGAGAUGCACAGUGGCACUACUGAGCCUCCUUUGUGCCUCAUGAUCGGCUACACUGAUGGGAUGCAGAUCUGGAGCGUAUCUUUGGCAGGUGAAGCCCAAGAGCUGUUCUCAGUCCGCCAUGGUCCUGUGCGAGCUGCUCGCAUCCUGCCUGCUCCUCAUAUCAGUCCUUUGAUCACAGACACCUUUUCUGACAAGAGGCCUCUCCUGGGGGUUUGCAAGAGCACGGGGUCUUCUGGGACCAGCCCCCCCUACUGUUGCGUUGACUUGUAUUCUCUCCGGACGGGGGAAAUGGUCAAAUCGAUCCAGUUCAAGACACCCAUCUAUGAUCUCCACUGCAACAAACAUAUUCUUGUUGUGAGCCUUCAAGAGAAGAUAGCAGCAUUCGACAGCUGCACCUUCACCAAGAAGUUCUUUGUCACAAGCUGCUAUCCGUGUCCCGGACCUAGUCUAAAUCCAAUAGCUCUGGGGAGCCGCUGGCUGGCCUACGCUGAGAACAAGCUGAUCAGAUGUCACCAGUCUCGCGGUGGUGUGUGUGGUGACAACGCACAGUCCUACACAGCAACAGUGAUUAAUGCGGCCAAAACUUUGAAGACAGGCCUGACCAUGGUGGGUAAAGUGGUCACCCAGUUGGCCGGCACGCUACCAGCAGGCCCUCCCGAUGAGGAAGGAACACCACACAGCGCGAAUCGGCGCAGCCCCCACAACCCAGGCGUGGUGACCAUCAUCGACACGCACAGUGUUGGCGAAGGACAGGUCUUAGUGAGUGAGGACUCGGACGGAGAAGGAGUGGUGGCUCACUUCCCAGCUCAUGACAAACCCAUAUCCUGUAUGCAAUUCAACCCCAGUGGAAUGCUGCUUGUGACUGCUGACUCUCUGGGCCACGACUUUCACGUCUUCCAGAUUCUCACCCACCCGUGGGCGUCCUCACAGUGUGCCGUUCACCAUCUCUACACCCUCCAUCGGGGGGAGACUGAGGCCAAGGUCCAGGACAUGUGUUUCAGCCCGGACAGUCGAUGGGUAGCCAUCAGCACACUCCGCGGCACCACCCAUGUAUUCCCCGUCAACCCCUAUGGUGGGGCACCCUGCGCCCGCACGCACAUGUCCCCGCGCGUGGUCAACCGGAUGUCUCGCUUCCAGAAGAGCGCUGGCCUGGAGGAGAUCGAACAGGAGCUCAACCGGGUGGCUGCGUUAGGAGGAGCAGGAGCAGGAGCAGGGGGAGGAGGUGGCUGCAUCCUGGGUGGAGGAGGUGGCCGCUGUAGCCCCAUACAAGGCUUGUCCAGCAGCCCGUCGGGGUCUCCACUGCACGCCAAGCUGAGCAGCCAGGAUUCAUACAACAACUUCACCAACAACAACAUGGGGAACCCUCGGCUCUCGGCACUGCCCAGCCUCACCGUGGUGCUGCCUCUGGCCCAGAUCAAGCAGCCCAUGACCCUGGGCACCAUCACCAAACGCUCCGGACCCUACCUCUUUGGGGCGGGAUGUUUUGCCAUUAAAACUCCAUGCAAAGCUAAGCCCCCGCCUCAGAUCUCCCCAAGCAAGUCCAGUGGAGGAGAGUUCUGUGUGGCCGCCAUCUUUGCCUCGUCUCGCUCCUGGUUCCUCACCAACCCCAACAUGAAGAGAGAGAAAGAUCAGGCCAGGCAGUCUGUCGUCGACUCACUGUACAUCAUCAGUUGCUAUGGUAACAUGGUGGAGCAUGUCCUGGAGCCACGGCCAAUUAGCACUGCUCAAAAGAUUAGUGAUGACACACCUCUGGAGCUCAGCACCUGUCCAAGGGCCUGCUGGACUCUAGCCAGGACUCCACAAUGGAAUGAGCUGCAGCCUCCCUUCAAUGCCAACCACCCCUUGGUGUUGGCCUCAGACCUGGUGCAGUACUAUCAGUAUCAUCUGGCUGCGAUCCCCCUUGGAAGCCCGGGCCCAAUCAUCCGUCACGAGUCGUCUGACAGCCUGGCGUCGGACCACAGUGGUCAGGGGGAUGAGGAGUGGCUCUCUCAGGUGGAAAUAGUGACCCAUACAGGGCCUCAUCGCCGCCUGUGGAUGGGCCCCCAGUUCCAGUUUAAGACUCUUCACCCUUCAGGCCAGACCACAGUCAUCUCCUCUUCUUCCUCAGUCCUUCAAUCCCAGGGUCCCAGUGAUGUCCAACGGCCUCUGCUUGACUUUGAUACAGACGACCUGGACCUACACAGCCUGAGAAUCCAGCCGGUACGUUCAGAGCCAGUCAGCAUGCCCGGCUCAUCGCGGCUUGUUGCAGAUCGUAGAGGCCAGUCCAACAUCAUGGACACAGGUUCAGGUUAUUCCUGAAAAGGAAGCUCCUCGCGCUCCAGAUAACCAUUAUAAUUAUGUUUUGGUUCCUGUUUUUUCCUCUUUUCGUUUCCUUGCAAGCAUGUCUAUCAUUUUCAUUAGCUUUUUCUUUCCUUUUCUUCCAUCCAUCGCAUACUUUAUUCCAUUCUUCCAUCCUUCCCUCUCUCCCUCACUACCCAAUCAUUGUUUUAUCGUUGGUGUGUGAGAGAGAAGAGGACAGGCAAGAGGAGGAGGAAGAGAGGAAGAUGGCCGGCUUUCUACUUGUCUAUCUGUUUGUCUGUCUCAUUAUGCCCAUAGAUGGCCUUUUAGAAAGUAUCUGUCUUUUAGCCCAAAUCGAUUCGAUAAUAACCUGUAAUAAAUAGAAAAACUCAUCAAAACAAAAAAAAUUAUGUUCAAAGUGAAAUGCAAGUUUUAAUUUAAUUUAAUUUAAUAUAGGUCAAUAUGGUUUCCUAACUCGAUUGCUGCGCUUAAGAUGCUCCUAAAAGUGGAUGUCAUAGCAUUAACCGAGAAGACAGAACUGAUGAAUGGUUAACUGGUCAUCCAGAUGUGGAGGUCACAGUCCCACAGCAGAUUUAUCAUCUUGCCUGUAGCUUCCAGUCUUCUUUGGGGGGCGGACCAAGACCUUCCUGCUGGUAAGCUUCACGGACGGGAAGGGAAAUAUUAAUAUGAAUGAGAAAUUGCUGUGGCAAUUUCAGAUUCUCUUGAGAUGUCCUGAUAUUGUUUCAACAAGUGUGUGACGUGCCAAAUACCAAGACCACAGCUUGAGGAAACGCCUCUAGAUGUUGUUAUGGACCCAGAUACAACGAUAUAAGACAUUCUCAUUCGGGGAAGCAGAGCUGAGAACACUUCGUCCAUUUUCAGCCAAUCAUGGAUCCGGCGGAGAUCUUUCUGACUUUGGUCAAGAAAAUAUUUCAGAAGAAACUUCAGAAAAUGUUUGAAAAUGACGCCCACUGUGUUCCUGAAUUUAUUUUUAUCUUAUUUUCGUUGAUUGCGAUUGCCGGGUUGGUGACCACUAAUAUAAAACGUUACGGCUUAUACUUGUAGUCAUAACACAGUGAUCCAUAAUAAAGACACACAAUAUCUAAUAAUAGUUAUUUAGCCAGUAAAAUAGAAUACGAUACCAUAAGCAUUAUGUUGCCAAUUCCAAAAGUGCUGCCUUAUAAAAAGCAGUUACACAGCCCUCCAAGCUUUUUAACAAUAUACAGAACCAGUCAAGAGUUUGGACAUACUUUUUAUUGAAUUGAAUGGGAGCGUUUGACAGGCACUGUGUUUCUAUUACCGUAGAGCUUAUUCUAUGGAGCGACUCACACAAACACACACUUUCGCCCUUUAGGCAGAGAAUAAAGCAGGUAUUUUUCAUCCGGCCCAAGAUGAGAUGGAAGGGAGGGUUACAUUAUGAGGGAGUAAGGGCACUACUACGUUCUAAUGUGAAUGCUAAACCCUCUGUGUGAUUGAUAUGAAACCAGAAGCAGGACUCAGCAGAGCAGACUGUCUGUACAGCGAGGUUUGUAAAGGGACUCAGGCACUGCCCAAAAAUCCUCUCGCGAGUUUUGAAUAGAUGUCAUUUAGGUUCCUCCCAUUCUUCACCAUCCUUUUUGUUAGCAUAGAAUACAGACAGGAUGGAGGCCAGGAGUCCGCUAGAGAUUUAAUAAUCGGUUUCCAUCACAAAGUGGAAGAGCUGAAUAAUUAGGCGACCUUCAAUCACCUAAAAUAAUAUUUUUAUUCUCUUGUUGUUGUGUACAUCUGUGUCAAAUAAACCCCUUGUAUUAAGACCCCUCCCUACUGUGCUUUCAGGUCUAGUUCGAUUUAACUAACUUUCUGUCAUUAGCAAUAUCCAGCCUUGAAUUUGUGUCUGGAUAUAUGUAUCUAAUCCAGUUUUCAUAUGAAUAUGCUGUAAGUCAUUUGUAUUGUUUUCAGUGAAAGUUACCAUCUUAAUUUUACAUUAAACAGUGUCUGUUUUAUCUGAA